AUGGCGCAGCUGGGAGAAACUUACCUGGAAAUGCUCAACGCCAUGGGUGAACGCCUGCCGGAAAUGGAACGCGCGGUAAACAAUACGCGCAGCAGCCUGGAAAAAAGACUGCGCCAGGAACUGGGGCAGCGCACUACCCCAACCACCCUGCAGGAACAGUUACUGGGCCAGCAAACGGCUACCGGCCGCGCCGAUCAACCCGCAUUACGCGGCAGAUCCGGAGUGCGCUUAUCUGAUCGAUUCAAACAGUACUACGACCUCGUGGCGACCCACAAAAACGGUCCCAGCAAAUCUCUGGCGGUGGUUGCCGCAGACAUCUACCUCGACAUGGAAGAGGCCUCAGUGCUGAUUGCUGCAACACAGCAGGAGAUCGGUCGUGCAGCCCUGAUGGAGCAGCUUAAUCAGUCAUUUGGACUGAUCACGCCGGAAAUGUCCGCAGUUGUGGGCGGUGUAAAAGAAAUUCUCUUCGGAGAGUCCUCUAACGUUGAACAGCGCCUGGCCAGCGGCUGCGAAUACCAGUUCGACAGCUAUUUUCAGCAGCUGUUGUCGCUUGCUGAACAGAAUCCGGACAGCGAAAACAAAAUACGCUUCAGUGACCACCUGGUCCGCGUCAAUGAAAUGGGCGUCAUCAGUCAGCGUCAGGCACGCGAGUACUACAACCGCUACUUCAACGUAAAGUUUGUCUCUCUCAGCGGCGACUACAAUACCUGCGCGCAGGCCUGUCCCGUGCAGGGGGAAGUGAUGUCGAACAUGCGCAACGAAUUGCGUGACAAGCAGGCUCAACAAACGCGGCAGGCAGCCGAUAAAAUGGAUGGCGGUCUGCGGCAGUUCUGCUAUGGCACGGGGGUAGGCAUUAGUCUUACCGGGCUUGCCCUUUACGGCCAGGAUCGCCUUUCACCAUCGGGUAUCGAUUCGGUGGGUAACUGGCUGCAGAUCAAUCUCGGACAUUCCAUCUGGUUAUUCGCCGCGGUUGCCGUGCUCUUUAUUUUCACUCUGAUAAAACUCUCCGCGCAGCUUCGUAGCAAUCUGGACGAGCCCGACGAUACGUCACGCAUCUCUGCGUUGGAUCAGAUGUUAGAUGUCUGGACUCAGGUGUUUAUCGGCAUUGGCGUGGUCUGGACAGCUGUUGGUAUGCGUGCGGCGCUGCAAUACGCCCUGGGUGAGCCUGACACAGCAUUGGCGGACAGCGCUGACAACGUCCUUCGUAAACUUGUUGAUGGCGGCAUCCUGCUGGCGCUGACCACAACUAUCGUCGGCGCGGUGGGUGGUUAUCUGAUGCGGGUUUGCAAAACCAUCACCCUGGGGGCUUCGCUGCAACAGUACUACGACCAGCUGGAACGCCGCGACAUUGCCGAGUUGGUCGCCGCAACACAGCGCAUAGAACAGAGACGACGCCUGGCCCAUAUGGAGGAAGACAGCCUGCAGGCGGAUGUGAUGCGUUUCAUGGCUAUCGUCGCAUUCUGCCUGAUCGCCAUCCUGGCGAUGGUGCGGAACAGUCGUAUUACUUUGUAUGCCUACACCGGGCAGUCCUUUCUGACCACAUCGGAUACCUAUUCUUUCCAUAAAACCGAUGCGCCAGCGCAGCUUUAUGAAAUCGACAGACACACCAUUCCGGCGCAUGUCAUCGCUGCGCCACAGCUGGCAGAAAAACUUGCCCGGCACCCGAAAUUCAAGGGUUCAAACGUCGCCUUUGCGCCGGCGCACCACAACCAGCUGACCGCAGUUAAAAACCAGCUUUAUCAGAACAUUGAACAGGUACUGUCGCACAAUAUUCUGUCUGCGGGUGGCAACAAUAUUGUCUCUGCUACCAGCAGCAAUAACUGCAUGCGUCCCGACCACAGCGCUGCCUACAUCGUUGGAAUCGCGAUCAGCGCAGCAAACAACAACGCAUACACCGUCCAGAUCAAAGUCCUGGAUCACGCUCUGGGUGUGUGGGUGAGUGGCAUAAGUUACCGCUGGCAGGGUCAGCUGUCUCGCUCACAAACAGCCCUUUUGAAACGACCGGCUGACAAUAUUGCCAACGGCUCUGUAGCCGCUCCGUUUACAUCACACCAGCAGCAGCAGACCGUCAGCCAUCUGCUGCAGCAGAUUCAAUGCGCGUUACCUGCGGGUGUGGAUGGGCUCAUCCAUCUGCGCAACAACCAUUCCGCCGGAUUGGAAGCGGCAGCUGCAAACAUCAGCCGUUCAGUACAACAGAAAUUAAGCACCCGUCCGCAGUGGAUUUUCACCACCCGGCAAAGCGAAGCCACCUGGAUAAUGGAACUCCGCCAGGAACAGGCAUCCCAACAGUUGCCUCCCCAAUGGGUCAUUCUGAUCACACCUGCAGACAACCCGACAACGCCUCGAAUAGUUGCCAGCAGCUACAUUCAGGGCGGCAGAGCUGAAACUACCACACCAGAACAAACAGACCGCAAACCAGCAGAGGAAACCCUUGCCGAAUACCCGGGUACUGCUGAAGAACCCACCACUUCUGGCACCCAGCCGCUGUUAGGAAAAUUGUCCUGGAAACCCAGCAGAAGCUGCACCAACAAACAACGUGAUUGCGUGAAAGUGACUUUUGAUCUGCAGGCAGACGCAUAUGUGAUGCUGUUUCGCACCCACAACCGACGGCUCAAACCAGCCAGUUGUGAGGGUGUUACCCGCAUCAGGAAAAGCGGUGAACUGCGUUAUCAGAUCAGCCUGCCCAGACGCAGCCCACUGCCAACAGGGAUCUAUGCCGUGGCAACCCAGGAUAAAAAUGCAUUUCGGCAAUUGCGCAAGACCAUACACGCAGCGCCAGGCGCUUGUCAGGGCGGCAACGCUCAGGCCAGCAACUGGCUUACCUCAGCAGAACGGUCUCUGGCCAGCCAGGACGACUUCGAUUGGCAGAGCCUGCAUCUACAGAAUGUGCACGGCACCUCACGUGAAGUCAGGGAGGCCCGAUGA